AUGUCCGAUCUUGAUGAAUUAUCUCUGGGCCAACCUCUACCUGUUCAAGUCGAAGCUCCUGCUCAGCUCGCAAUUGAAGAUGGCCAAACGGAUCGCAGUGUCGAGGCGGCAAAUUACAUCACAGAGGAGCCUGCAAAUCACUGUACUACUGACGUUGAUGCCGUCGAUAGCUCGUCGGAUUUGAAAGAUAUAUUAACACCAGCCUCAACGCCUUCCAUUCACGGGGGUCGUGAUGAAUCUACGACGGGUGAACGAGAAAACACAUAUAGCUCGGGACACGAUCCAACGGCGACUGUCGAUGUUGUACCCUACGGCGACUUGAUCCUCGAAGUCAGCUCCGACGCUGGAACUGCGCGUUUCAAGGUAUCGUCCCAGGUGCUCUGCAUAGCUUCACCGGUAUUUCGCGCAAUGCUGGGGCCGUCAUCAAGCUUCAAAGAGGCCUGCGAGCUACGCGCAUCUGCGGUGUCAUCAGAGCCAUAUGUACUCCAGCUCGGCGAAGACGACCCACAAGCUCUCGUAGUUGUCCUGAACGCUCUCCAUCUCCAGGGCUCGAAGGUGCCAAUCUCAAUAUCGUUCCAAAACCUAGUAGAUCUGGCCAUCAUCUGUGAUAAGUACGACUGCGCACCUGGGGUCACGCUCUGGGCCGAUGUUUGGACGGAAGUAUGGAAGAAGUAUGCGCUUGAGCCAGGGUUCGAGAGAUGGUUGUUUAUAUCAUGGACGUUUGGGAUCGACGAGAUUUUCAUGUCGCUUUCGAAAAAACUCAUCAUGGAAGGGGAGUUUGAGUGGAAUAAUCCAAGGUCUUUACUGUUGAAAGGUCAUCCCAUAGAUGAUAUGCUUAUCCCCGAACCUGUUAUGGCUUCGAUACUCGAGCAGCGGAGCAACACACUUAGGGAUAUGUUACAGUGUACACUAUCCUACAUAGAACGCUACACCCUCGCCUGGGGGCGCACAUUCUGCAAGAGUACCCGGACAGAGAAGUGUGACACCAUGAUUCUAGGCUCUCUAAUCCGAGAGUUCCGAUCCAAAGGUCUGAUUCCCACCCACGAGGAGUUCCUCCUCCGAAGUAUUGCCGACGUAGAGAAAACAAUUCGAGGUUUAAAAAUCCAGUUUUUUGAGAGUGUGAGUGAAAGGCAAGAGCCGUGUACACCAUGGACCUUGCAUGGUCCCGCAACCCCUCCGUAUUGUUUCAAACACAAGGAGAUAUCAAAUUGUCCAAUGACGAUGAUAUCGCAUGAGGCCACAUGUAGCUUUUUGCCAGAGUUGUUUGAUAGGAUUGAUGAUGCGCUGUCAGUGAUCGAUGGAUUGUGCUUAGAUGAUUUCAAGUCAACUGAGGCGAGAUCAAGGGAGAUUGGGGCGGCAAGGUGGGAGUCUUUGGUUUACAGGUAG